UCUCUUUUGUUUUGCGGCGACUCUCGUGCUCCGGAAAAAUACAUCUGACCCACCACCGCCACGCCCUAGAGCCGCCGCCGUGCCGCCGCGUAGCCUCACCGCCGGCGCCUCGCGCCCCCUCCGCUGCGCGCCUAUCGCGCGCGUCGCCAUCUCCGGCAGCUCCCAUCUACCCAACUUCAUCGCGCCCCUGCUCCGUCCGUCCGCAACCUUGGUUCAUGAGGUGACUGGUGUGCGUUCUUGGCAGCAGCUGGUUGCAGCAAUGGAUGACGGGGACCUCGAUUUCUCCAACCCGGAGGCGUACCUGUGCUCGGACACCGGCGCCGAUCUGCCCGGCGGCGGCUGCUCCAUGGACAGCUACUUCGACGGCAUCCUCAACGACACGGAGCACCUUGCCUGCACCCACACCCACACCUGCAACCCGCCCGUCGACGACAGUUCGCACACCCACACCUGCGUCCACGUCCACACCAAGAUCGUCUCGGCGUCGUCGGAUGGCGGCGCCGACUCCCCUGCCGAGAACAGCGGUGCCUCCAAGAAGCGGCCGUCUGGCAACCGCGCAGCCGUGAGGAAGUACCGGGAGAAGAAGAAGGCCCACACGGCGCUGCUGGAGGAAGAGGUGGUUCAGUUGAAGGCUCUGAACAAGCAGCUGCUGAAGAAGCUUCAGAAUCACGCGGCGCUUGAGGCCGAGGCUGCCAGGCUCCGCUGCCUGCUUGUUGAUAUCAGGGGGAGGAUCGAUGGGGAGAUUGGCACUUUCCCUUACCAGCGGCCUGUGAAGAACGUUGAUUUGGUUUCUGGUGUUGAUCAGGGGGGGUUUCUUGGCAGUGCCCAGGUUAUGAACUCGUGUGAUUUCAGAUGCAACGAUCAGAUGUACUGCAAUACAGGAAUGCAGAUGAGAACAAUGGGUGAUGAUGGUGCUAUGAGUGGUCAGGUAUUUGGGCAAGGCACUGGGGAUAUUGCAAACAUCCAAUGCAUAGGGGGUGUGAAAUCUGGAUUCACAAUGCCCCCAGGCUGUGGGGGUAUGGGGACAUUGCCUUCUGGCUGUUUACCCAGUUCUGAAAAGCAGUGAAGGAUUUCCAAGGUGCUGCGUGCCAUAUAUUCUCCUUGGCAGGUGCUAUCAAUCCUGUGGAUGGAAGAUUGUAUAAAUCGUUAGCUUCUAUCCGCCGUGUUUGGUCCGAACCGUCGCGCGUGUGUGAUUCUGUCGCCAAUGAUGCUUCUUCGACGGUGGCCUGAGGCGCUGAAACUUUAUUGGGUCUCGAGCUGUCAGGGCAUACUCCUUUUUUCCCUAGCUCUCAUUUCCAGUUUUGCUGGAGUUCGACAGCCUUGCUCCCAGUCCGAGGCGCACUCUCUCUGACAAAGAGUCGCCGAAUCCUAGUGAACCAUGAAUAACAAGAGAGUGGUCGUCCAUGUUGUGUGCCAGGAGGAUACAUGUUUGGUUUGGGUUAGACCCCAACGUUGGAUAUGAUGUAUGAGCCUUAUGUAUGCACAUUUUGCAUGGUAUUUCAGAGUAGAUGGUAUGUUGUCUUUUCAUGUCGUCAGUUUGAACACAUCGAUUCAGUUAUUAUUUGGACCUUUCA